AUGCAAGUUUUCCAGUGCGUCGGAAUCGACGGCCCCCACGAUAGCGGACCUCUCGCUGCGAGUCGGACGUCCAUCGGACCGUACACGCAGUGCAUCAUUCCAGUAAUGUACAUUGUGUACAUGGCGGCGCUACAGCAUCUGCCCAACCGAGUAUUCUACCCUGGCACGCGCAACGUGGAAGACGCGGAUCUGUUCGCGAACCGCAUGCUGGUGAUCGGUAUGCAGGGCGUUUUCCAGUUGUCACUGUUGCUGGUGCUGCAUCGAAUUGUGGCGUCUCGUUUCGCGGUGUCAACGCUAUACCAAAUCGCGUUCGUGCUGGAGACGCAAACGCUACUCGUCCACGGCAAAUUGUCGGCAUGGUUGAUUUUCUCAGUCGGAUUCCAGCUUGAGCACUACGGUAAGGCUAUGAACGCUGUUGAUUGGCGAGAAUCUACUGCAAGCUAA